CCUCUGCCUGGACAGGGUGUGAUAACUUUUCCAGCUGGGCCUGACUGCAAAGUCUGUCUCUGCUAGCAUUGAUGUCCCAGCAGAUCCCCCUCCUGAAAGGAGCAAAGUAAAGACCAGGACCCUCUGAGAGCUACAGCAUCGCUGUCAUGGACUCUAGCAAUGGCACUCUAGAGCUGCUGGGGGUUGGUUUAGCAAUAGUGGCCUGGAUCUGUUCCCUGACCACCAUCCUGAUGCCUUCAUGGAUCACACUGUCUACAGACCUGCUUCCCACUGAGGAAACUAACAUGGGCCUCUGGGUGACCUGUGUGAGCCAGGAAGCGACGGAUAAGCUGGAGUGCCGGCCCUAUGACAGCAUGUUUGAACUGCCACCAGACAUUAUACUGGCCCGGAUUCUCAUGUCCUUGGUGCUGGGGGUGGGAUUGUUGGGUGUGCUGCUGGCCAUCCCCGGUAUCCGCCUGGUUAAUGGCUGCCAAAACCACCUGGAUGACUUUAGCUGUAAGAGGGCGCUGAAGGCAAUAGGCGGGGCACUGUGCCUGGUAACAGGGAUCCUGGGCCUUAUCCCGGUCUCUUACGUCGCCCACCUGACGCUUGUGAGAUUCUUCGACGAGACAGUGCCUCAGAUUGUCCCUCGCUGGGAGUUCGGCUAUGCUCUGUUCUGUGGCUGGAUUGCAGGCAUCCUCCACCUGGUGGCAGGAACGCUGCUGCUGAUUUCCUGUCUUCAUUUCCAGAAGCUGGACAGGCCUGUGCACAUCCCUCUGGGCAUUGUGACACCAGGACCCAAUUUUGAAAGAACCAGGACUGAGUAUGUGUGAGAGUGCCUUCCAACAUUCAUUGUUCUGGUCCCUAGGAGUAGAAGACCCCACCCACCCAACUACGAUGAAC